AUGUCAAACCUUUCUGACUUGAAAUUGCAAUUAGAAGAGACCGUCAGCCGUCUCAACAAAAUCGUUGUGAACCUCGACAAUGUUAUAGAUUCUCAAAAAACCACCACCAAAAUCGAAGAAAACUCGAGCAGCUCUGCAGCUAAGCCACCACAAAUUCUUCAAGAGUUCGAUAAUUCGAUCAUCUCCGCAAUUCAAACUUGGAUGAUGAAAUCGGAAAGAAUUGGUGACGUGGUUUUUGAAGAAGCCAAAAUGGUCGAAAGAAUUAUGGAGAAAUUGAGAAAUUAUUUGGAGCAAGCAAUUUCGAUGGAAAAACCGGAAGAACCGACGGAAUUGAACGAAUUGUUGAAACCAAUUUUUACCUUGAUUUUGGAGAUAAAUCAAUACAAAUUGGCCAAGAAAACAUCGCCGUUUUAUAAUCAUUUGGAAGCGGUUGAAGCUGCUAUAACAGGUGCAUGCGAGGGAAAAGCUUCCGGAAAAGUUACCCCAACUUUCGGGAGGUUAGCCUAAACACACUUUGAAAUUUGCUCAAAAAACAAACUUGUUGUCUGCGCUCUCACAAUUUUACAUUGUCUCUAAUCAAAAGAAUUUACUUCGAAAAACAUAGAGAACACUGGAGUUGCGCUAAUUUUCUCCUAAAAAUCACGCAAUCGCACCAGAGUAACACUAGAGCGCACCAAAUUUGAACAAAAAUUUCUCUUUUAGAGAUUUUUGUGCGAAUUCGGUGCGCUCUAGUGUUACUCUGGUGCGAUUGCGUGAUUUUUAGGAGAAAAUUAGUGUUCUUUGAGUUUCUCAAAGUAAAUUAUUUUGAUUAGAGACAAAGUAAAAUUGAGAGAGCGCAGACAACAAGUUCGUUUUUUGAACAAAAAUUCAAAUUGUGUUUAGGCUAACCUCUGGAAAGUUAGUGUAACUUUGCCGCUGCGCGGAAGCUUGCGGUCUACACUCGCUCCACUCGAUUUCAAAAAAUAUCCUGAAUCCCGCCGAAUCUGAAAUUUUCCCUAAAAAUUGGUUUUUCAUCGAAAAAUCGAGCUUUUAUGGAAAAUUUCAAGAUUCCGCACAGGGGAACCUAUCGCCAAUUUUUUUUUUGAAUUCAAGCGAAGCGAGUGUAGACUGCAAGCUUCCGCGUAAGCGGCACUAUCUUCCGCGCAGCGGAAAGGUUAUCCUGACUUCUUUAGCAAAUAUAAGAAGUUAGGGUAACCUUGCGGCUGCGCGGAAGCUUGCGGUCUACACUAGCUUCGCUCGAGUUCCAAAAAAGAUUCUGAAAACCGCCGAAUCUGAAAUUUUCCCUAAAAAUUGGUUUUUCAACGAAAAAUCGAGCUUUUAUGGAAAAUUUCAAGAUUCCGCACAGGGGAACCUAUCGCCAAUUUUUUUUUUGAAUUCGAGUGGAGCGAGUGUGGACCGCAGGCUUCCGCGUAAGCGGCAUUAUUUUCCGCGAAGCGAAAAUGUUAUCCUAACUUCUUUAGCUAAUCUAGAAAGUUAGUGUAACCUUGCUGCUGCGCGGAAGCUUGCGGUCUACACUCGCUCCGCUCGAAUUCCAAAAAGAUUCUGAAAUUCGCCGAAUCUGAAAUUUUCCCUAAAAAUUGGUUUUUCAUUGAAAAAUCGAGCUUUUAUGGAAAAUUCCCAGAUUCCGCACAGAAGAACCUAUCGCCAAUUUUUUUUUGAAUUUGAGCGGAGCGAGUGUGGACCGCAGGCUUCCGCGCAGCGGCAAGGUUAUCCUAAACGAAAAAUAUGGGUCCUUUUCCUGAACAAAAAUCAAAAAUCAAUCAAUAAUGUUUAUUUCUAGGAAUUCAAUGGAUUACUGCUACAUCAGCUCCAGCUCCUUUCAUUCAAGAUAUGAUCGAAGUCUCGCAAUUCUACCUCGACAAAAUUCUUGUCCAAAACAAAAACGCGGAAAAUCAAAUGCACGUGGAAUGGGUGAAUGCGUGGAAGAAGGUUUGGGAAGAAAUGGUGAAAUAUGUCAAAAAAUGGCAUACAACUGGUCUCAAAUGGAAUUCGUGUCCGAAAAAUGUUCAAGAGGGUAGGGUUUUAAAAAUUUUAACAAAAAAAAUUCACUGUUUCAAAAAAUAUUGAAGAAUUUCUGAAUUUUUGAAAAAACUAUUGUGCCAUUCCCUUUUCUUCAAGAAAUCUACUAUAUACUAAUUGGGAAAAUUUUUUUGGUAGUAUAUAAACCAAGAAACACAGGCUGAAAAGGGGCGGAGCCUAAAAACGCUGCGGCUCUUUUUUCAUGUUAUUUUUUAAAAAAUCAUUCAAGUUCUCAUCAAAAUUUCAGAAAAAUCAGAAAGUUUACAACAUUUUUUUGAAACAGUGAGGUUUUUCUGAUAAAAAUUUCAAACUGAUCAAUUAAAAAUUUAUUUUUAUUUCAUCAGAUUUUUGCGAAAUUUAAAUUUUCGCUAGUUUUUACUGUUAUGUUCAAGCUACACUCUAGUUUUAUCGAAUUUAUGAGGUAUUUUUUUUAAUUUCAGGUUUCAAAAUUAUGAAGCUUAAAAAUUGUUCACAAUUCUCAGGAAAUUUUUCUCAAAAUUUGAGCAUCUUAAUUAACAGAUUUAAAACAUACCUCAUAAAAUUGACCAGAAACUAGAGUGUAGCUUGAAUAUGAAAAUAAACAAAUUUUAAUUUUCAUCAAAAAUAUUCACUGUUUCAGAAAAGUGUUGUAAAAUUUCUGGAUUUCUGCAAAAUUGAUAAUGUUGCUAUUAUCAAAAUAUAAAAAUUUGGCAAAAAAAACGGAGCCCAGAAAUUCAAAUGACAAUCUUUCCAAGUACGGUGUUUCUUUCAGUCGCUGCGAGACCCAUAUGUGCGUCUUUGACUUUGUUUCUCUGCCCAAUGGUGUGGUUUCGAAACGGUGUUAGUGACGCAGAGAAAUACCGUACUUGGGGAAAUUGGGAUUUGAAUUUCUGGCUUCUGUUUUUUUGCCAAAUUUUUUUACUUUGAUAAUAACAUUGUUAUAAAAUUUGACAGAAAGUAUUCAUUCCCUCAUGAAUUUUUUUUGCAGAAGUUUCGAAAUCUUCACUUCCACCACCACCUCCACCAUUGGAUUACGAAAGUUUGGAAAAACUCAUGAAGAAAGGCGAGAAAAUCGUCAAAAUCGACAACAAAAUUGCGCUUUUCGAACAAAUCAACAAAGGCGAUGAAAUUCGCGCGAAAUUGAGAAAAGUAUCGGAAUCGAUGAAGAAUCCGGGAAAAGAGAAUAUUCCGCCAGGUGGUUUGGUUUUUGAAAAAUAUCAAGAAAAAUACGAAAGAGGUUGCUGAAAACGCGAAGAUUUAUAUGAAAAACGAUAAACAGUGGAAUAUUGAUUAUUUGAAAAAUGAGCCGAAUUCGAGUAUUACUAUCAAGGAUAAGAGUCACACGGUUUAUUUGUACAAAUGCGAGGAUUCGACGAUUACGGUGAGAUUUUCAGAAUCUAAGUGAAAUUUUAGUAUCAAUAUCAGUCAAUGUUCACUAGCGGGAUCGAACCAGCCACCUCUAAAUCAAUAAAUUUAUCUCUAACCAGCUGAACCUUUCAACUGAAGAAAAAUUGGCUCAGCCGGUUAGAGAUUAAUUUAUUGAUCUAGAGGUGGCGGGUUCGAUCCCUCCAGUGCAAACCGGCUAAAUUUUCCUCACUAGAAUUUUUGAUAUUUACCCCUAUGGUACCAUUAUCAAAAACCGGUAAAAUUUGAGAGAUGUUUAUGAAAAUUUUGAAACAGUAAAAUUUUUUGGCGAGAGGAAUUUGGACAAAUUUAUUUGAAAAAAAUUGACACAAUUUUUUACGUUUCAAAAUUUUGUUAUUUUUUGAAACGGUGGAUUUUUUAAUGCUUUAUGUACGCACUAUGCACUGUAGAAAAUCAUAAAUUUUUGAAUUUUUCAUUUAAAAAAUUCGGCUUAAAAGAGUUGACGGACAUUUUUGAAACAGUAAUUCCUUUGGAAAUCACGUUUCGGAGAUUUUGUGCUAAACUUUUUUCCAAGGGAAAGAGGAAGGUGGAUUGUUCGAAAAUUUCGAAAUUCUAGUUAUGAAUCUUUUGAAACAGUCAAUUAUUUAUAAAGAAAAAAUAUUAUUCAAUCGCAAAAAUUCUGAAGCGAAUCUUCUGAAACACUGGAUCGAAAUUAUUUUCAUAUUUUUCAAAAACAAAUUUUUAUGAAACAGUAAAUAUUUCCCACCAAAAAAUUCUAAAUGUCAUCUAUUUUAUCUAUUUCAGAUCAAAGGAAAAGCGAAUGCAAUCACUUUGGAUGGUUGUACAAAAACAGCCAUAAUUUUCGACGGACUUGUCUCGCAAUGCGAAGUGAUCAAUUCGAAAUCGUGUCAAAUUCAAACAUUGGGCGAGUUGCCAACUAUUUCGAUUCAAAAAACCGACGGUUGCCAAGUUUUUCUCUCGAAAUCCGCGUUGAAAUGUCAAGUUGUUUCGUCGAAAUCCACUGAGAUGAAUGUUGUUGCUCAGGUUUGAAUUUUUCGGGAUUUUGAAGCCAAAAAUACACGUGGAAAAACUAGUACAAAAUUCAUCCAUUUAUUUUAUUUGAAAAUUUUUGCCACGUGGAUUUUGGUCUGAAAAUUAUUGAAUUUAUUCUCAAAUUAAUUUUCACAUUGGUAAUAAGUUCAAACUACAUUCUAGUUUCUGGCUGGGUUUUUCAUUUUCAAAAUAUUAACUUGAUUCUAGUUUUGAUGAUUUUUGAAUGAAUUUUGACUUUUUGGGAUUUUGCUAGAAGAAUUAACGAACGAAGCAUCAAAAUAUGAAAAUUGUGGAGAAAAAGUCAAAAUUUUGAAACAGCAAAUUUUUGAGAAUUCGAAAAAAAAUUUAUCUACUUUUCUUGGCGCCAAAAAUCCACGUCGAAAUUUGGAAAUUCAAAAAAAAAAUCGAAAACUUCAUGUGAAAGUUUGAGAACACAUUUUUAACACCCCAAAAUCCCUUCCCCUCCCCCCCCUCCCUUUCGAAGUGUGCAUUUUUGCGUCGCCGUGUUUACACCGCUUUAUUUUUUCCCUGUUUGUAUUCUCAUUUUCCUUUUUUUCUGUUGCAGCUCAACGAAAAUGACGACGAAUACGUUGAAAUGGCGAUUCCCGAACAAUUUGUCACUCAAAUUUCGGGCAAAAAAUUGGUCACAAUUCCGUCGGAAAUUGUCUGA